AUGCAAAUUGACAGGGUCCCAGAAGCGCUCGUCGACAUUGACACGGCAGCCGAGGCCGUUGGCACCGACUUUUGGCCCGUCAACCAGCGGAUACACGACAACCCAGAGCUCGCCUGGCACGAAUUCCUCGCCCACGACGUCCUCACAGCCUUUAUGGAAACACAGCCCGGAUGGAACGUCAAGAGAUCCGUCUAUGGCCUAGAGACUGCGUGGAUUGCCGAGUUUGAUAGUGGUGCCCCUGGUCCCGUUGUGUCAUUCAAUGCUGAAUAUGACAGCCUGCCCGGAAUUGGGCACGCCUGUGGCCACAACCUGAUUGCAACGUCGUCGGUCGUCGGAGCCAGCGCCGCCGCGCGCGUCAUGGCGGCCCAGAAGCUUCCCGGCAAAAUUGUCCUCUACGGAACACCCGCCGAGGAGAACGGCGGCGGCAAGGUCAAACUUCUCGAAGCCGGCGCGUACAAAGACUACAAGGUCGACCUCAGCCUCAUCUCCCACCCCAACAUCCAGCCGUCGUCGGCGCGCAUGGGCACGACGGCCAUCUCCACCUUCAAGGUUGAGUAUUUCGGCGUCGCCGCUCACGCGGCCGCGAACCCGUGGCUUGGCAUCAACGCCCUUGAUGCCAUGGUCCAGGGCUACACCAACUUUUCCAUGCUCCGGCAGCAGACCGUCCCCGGCGAGAUCAUCCAGGGCUACAUCACCCACGGCGGCGACGCGACCAACAUUAUCCACAAGUACGCCGCCGGCGAGUUCACCGUGCGCGCCGACUCGGCCCCGCGCCUCGAGACGCUGCGCGCCCAAGUCAUCCGCUGCUUCCAGGCCGGCGCGCUUGCCACCGGCGCGCGGGUCGCCAUCACCGACCUCGCCGCCUACAAGAACCACAUCUCCAACGGGCCCAUGGCCGAUGCGUUUACCCGCUACUACAACGGCCUGGGCAAGGACCAUGUGAUCGCGACAGAUGCCGACAAGGAUGCGGCCAAUGGCAAGACCCAGGCCAGCACCGACCAGGGCGAUGUGUCCCACGCCAUCCCCUCCAUCAGUCCCAUGUACGCGAUCGAAGCUGGCCCGGGCGGCCAGGGCCCGCACAACCCGGGCUUUGCGAAGUCGGCCGGCACCAAGGCAUCGUAUGCCCGCGCCUUGCGUGUCGGCAAAGGUCUCGCUGGCGUAGCCAUUGAUGUGCUGCGUGACGAGCGGUUCCUGGCUGAGAUCAAACGCUCCUGGGAGCAGGAUAUGAAGAACAGCCGCAGCACGUAA